AAAGUAAAAGACCGCUAUCUAUGCCAGUGGUACCACAUCUCUUCGAAAGCGAGCGAUCCCUGGAGUGGUACGGCGGUACGGCCAACAGUCCCAUCCCAAUCCCGUGUUCCGGAGAUCGCAGAAUUAACUCAAUUCUUUAUUGUAUCAUUCAAUUCACUCACAACCAUCUCCCUCUCUGUUCAUCUUGGAUGGCGUCAUUUUGAAGAUUUCCCUCCUUCAACUGCGUCUCUUUCUCUCUUUCGUGUUUCCAUUCCGCUGAAGAAAUGCCCAUUAUGGUUGGAUCUCUCUUCAAAGAAAGGAAAUCCCCCUUCCUUCUCUCACUCUUGAUUUUGCUCUUCUGCGUCACGCUCCUCCUUCUCACUAACUCCUCCUCCACCUCCACUUUCAACCGCGUCUUCUUCUAUCCUGAUGUUAAAGGCCAGCCAUCCACGACCCCUUUCGCUGCCCCGAUCGAAAUUCGGGGAGACCAGCCGUCACUCCAAAAAGUGGCCCCUACCACAACACCCGCAGCCGAAGGGCGACCCCAAAACUUGGAUCCGAUCACGAUUCCCAAAGGCGAAGGGCUGCCCGAAAGCGAGCUUCGGAUCACAGAACCCAAGGACGAAGAGCUUCCCCAAAAGAAGGGGGAUGUCGAUAAUAUUGUUUCGGUUGAUGUGAAUAUUGAUUGGAAGCUAUGCAGGGGACCGAUGGCGGUAGAUAAUAUACCCUGUUUGGACAAUUAUAAGGUGAUCAAGGCUUUGAAAAGUAGGAGGCACAUGGAGCACAGGGAAAGGCAUUGUCCGGAUCCUACUCCGCGCUGUUUGGUGCCGCUUCCGAAUGGGUAUAAAGUCCCAGUUCCGUGGCCCAAGAGCAGGGACAUGAUUUGGUAUGACAAUGUGCCUCAUCCAAAGCUCGUUGAGUACAAGAAGGACCAACAUUGGGUGGUAAAGUCUGGUGAAUAUCUUGUCUUUCCAGGAGGUGGCACCCAAUUUAAAGAUGGAGUUGAUCAUUAUAUUGAGUACAUACAGAAGACACUGCCAGAAAUUCAAUGGGGAAAGAAUAUCAGGGUGGUCUUAGAUGUUGGUUGUGGUGUUGCUAGCUUUGGUGGCUAUCUGCUCGACAAUGGUGUGAUGACCAUGUCGUUCGCCCCAAAGGAUGAACAUGAAGCUCAGAUACAGUUUGCUCUAGAGCGAGGAAUUCCUGCAACUCUAUCUGUUAUUGGAACACAAAAAUUGACAUUUCCAAAUAACGGAUAUGAUUUGAUCCACUGUGCACGAUGCAGGGUACAUUGGGAUGCAGAUGGUGGUAAACCAUUAUUUGAGCUCAAUAGGAUUCUUAGACCUGGAGGCUUCUUUGCAUGGUCUGCGACACCAGUUUAUCGAGAUGAUGAAAGAGAUCAGAAAGUAUGGAAUGCCACGAUGACUGUAAUAAAAUCUAUGUGCUGGACGGUUGUGGCUAGGACUUUUGAUUCAUCUGGAAUUGGGAUGGUUAUAUACCAGAAGCCUACUUCACCUGAUUGCUAUGGAAAACGCAAAGUGAAUAGUCCACCUCUGUGUCAAGAGAAGGAUGGAAAAAAUAGCUCAUGGUAUACCAGAUUCAGCAGUUGUCUUUCGCCUCUUCUGGUUGACAACAUGGGUAAACUGCAGAGAUGGCCUGUGCCCUGGCCCGAGAGGCUUACUAGUAAACCCCCUAGCUUACCGUCUAAUAUUGAUGCUAUUGAGAUGUUCAACAAGGACACCAAACACUGGUCACAACUAGUCUCAGAUGUCUAUGCGAAUGGUCUUUCUAUCAAUUGGGCUAGGGUGCGAAAUAUAAUGGACAUGAAUGCUGGUUAUGGAGGGUUUGCCGCAGCACUCAUUGAUCGACCAGUCUGGGUCAUGAAUGUGAUGCCCAUUGAUUUGCCAGACACUCUUUCUAUCAUAUUUGAUAGGGGUUUUAUAGGAAUGUACCACGAUUGGUGCGAAUCUUUCAAUACCUAUCCUCGCACAUAUGAUCUUCUUCACUCAAGCUUCCUCCUUAGAAAUCUUGAGAAAAGAUGUGACAUUUUAGACGUGGUUGCGGAGAUGGACCGUAUUUUGAGACCGGAAGGAUAUCUUGUGGUUCAAGACUUCUUGGAAGUAAUUAGCAAGCUGAGCCCAAUCUUGCGCUCACUUCACUGGUCUGUGAGUAUACAUCAAGAUCAGUUUCUUGUGGGUAGAAAGAGUUUCUGGCGCCCCAAGGCAGGUGGACGCUGAAUAAUGAACAGGGUCGCUGUGAUAGGAUAUCCCAUUUUUGAAACCUCCAGUUUUAAUUUGUUCUGGAUACAAAAUUAAGAAACGGAUGUUACAGAACAGGUUUACAAUUACAAUACUGAAAUUUUCUGACAUGUCUUGUCCGAGUAUGAAUUUUGUAGACCAGACUUGACCUUGUAUGAAAACAUAGAUUUUGUUCCUCA